AUGUCUCGAGCAAAGCGAAGGGCCGGGGUUCCUCUCGAUCUCAUUCGACCAAAAGCCAACAGCAAAAUACCACGACCCGUGGGCAAACGGAAAACAGAGCUAAAGUUCAAAGACGAAGAGCAACCAACCAAACUGUCGCCGUCACCAUCAGGAUGGAUGACAGCAGGUCUCGCAAAAAGAACAGCUGAACGACGGAAAAUCGUAGAAGAUAUGUCUAAAGAAGGCAUGAAGCAGCAGCACCAUGUCGGCCUCGGACGACCGCGUGUACUUGAACAGUUGACCCCACGACAGCCAGCUGGUUUGGCAGAACGAAUGGUUAAAGUGUCUCGUACAAUAAAGCAACCAGAGAAUCCUCAUUUACUUCGCGUUGCUGUCCUCGGUGCUGCUAACGCUGGUAAAUCAACACUUGUCAAUGCAAUUGUUGGUGAGGAUGUAUCUGUGGUUUCCGGAAAGGCGCAUACAACCCGCGAUCGUGUUUUAGCUGUUCUGACAGAAGCAAACCACCAAGUGGUGUUUUUGGAUACGCCUGGUGUCGUUCCCGACAAUCGACAUGCCAAAAUGAAUAGAACAUUGGUAACGACCUCGUGGAGAUCUUUGGAUGAGGCUGAUCAUGUGAUUUUACUUGUGGAUGGCCAUUGGGCUUUGUCAAGUCAUGAGAAGAAGGCUGAUAUGCUUAUCCUUGAUCGACUACGUGAUUUAAACAUUCCAACGACUUUAAUAUUUAACAAGAUGGAUUUGAUUGAUUAUGACGAAAACGAACUGGCUGAAGUGUCCACAAAGUACGAAUCUGGCUGUCCUGUAAUUUCCAAAACAUUAUACGUAUCAGCAUUGGAUGGAGAGGGACUGGAUAUAUUGAAGAAAGAGCUACUUGAUGCGUCGAAACCGAAACCAUGGAUAUACCCACCAGAACAGAAAUCGGAUAUGCCUGCUUUAAAGAGAGCAGAGGAACUUAUACGCGUCGAGUUUUUUAAACGGCUACAUCAAUACAUACCAUACAUGCUGAAGCAGGAAAAUGUUGGAUGGACUGAGACGGAGGACGGCGUCUUACGUAUCGAUCAGAACGUGUAUGUGGAACGCGAGAGUCAGCAACGAAUUGUAGUUGGAGCAAAUGGGGCAGUCAUCAACCGCGUGGUUUCCGAUGCUCGAGCUCAGAUCUCAAAAGCAUUCAAUCGACCUGUCAAACUGUUCAUUCAAGUAAAGACAAAGAAGCGAUAG